AUGGGGCAGGUCAGGAGCAGGGAGCUGAAGAGCGCCCUGAGCCAGCGCAGCUUCUCUUUGACACAGUCCCUGACAAGCUCCGAGAGACGAGGCGCCUUGCAAAGGCUUCGCCAUUCCCGCCCUGACCGCAUUCGUGUGCCCUCCCCGAGCGUGCCGACAGUCGCCAGCUCCUCGAAGGGAGCUGGGAAGGAGGAUGGGGCUCCCGGCGCUACGAAAAAGAAAAGGGUGACAUGGGACGAAACCCUGGUGUAUGAGAUGGGUUCUGACUCAUCGGAAGAGGUCGAGCACUGGAGCCUGUUUUGCCGGGAACCACGCCUGGAUUGUGAGAUGGCCCUUGGAGAUUCCCAAAUGGUGGGGAUCCCCAAGAAACCUGUCCCUGGAGAUGCCCACCAACGCUCCCCCAGCCAUGACCCUGCGUCUUGGGAGUUUCAGCUCCUGGCCUGCCCUGAGGUGAGGGCAUUAGACGAAGGUGUCCUGCAGCUGGCACCGAGGUACCUGCGGAGCGAGUGCAGCCAGAUGCAGUGGCUGAUGCUCAAUGCCCUCAUCACCACCUGCGACGAGCCCUCGAAGGCCAAAAGCAUGUGGAUCCUGCAGGAAAGCCUCCUGGAGCUACUGCAGGACCUAGAUGACGAGGUGGUCGAAACGAACCUCUCCUUGCUCAAAAUGAUGCUCCAGGCUGCCAACAGCCCAGUUUGCAGCACCCUCGUUCUGGAGCUGACUGGGAGGCUCCAGCCACUCUUUCACCACACCACCAGCAGUGUGCAGCUGCUCUCCCUUGAGCUCUUCCAACGUCUGAUGCAGUCUGUCAACAAAAAGGAAAGACAGCCGAUGAAGACACGGGUGUAUGAGAACGUGAUCGAACUGCUCUGCCUCCUGCAUGCCGAGAGCCCGGAGGUGGCAGAGGCCUCUCGGGUAACCCUGCUUGGAGCUGCCGCCUUCCUGAAGAAGAGGAGGCUCAGAAAGCUCCUGGAGAAGAGGAAGACAUUGGAAGUGGGCAAGUACCUGCUGUCAGGGUGCGGCAGCAGAGCCGCGCACUAUGUGCAGCAGGCAGCGCGGUGCCUUUGGAGCCAUCAGCAGCCCAUACGAGAGGCGGCCGUCAGGUUCCUGGGGCUCGCCGGGCAGCACCUGAGGGGGCAUCAGGAAUUGCUGCAGCCCAUCCAUGAGGCCCUUGAAAACCUGCCAGAAGACACCAUCUCGUCAGUAGCAAACCUGGCAGCUCAAACGCAGUGCACCCUGAGAGAUGCAGAGAGAGCAGCUCCCUCCAGACUCAGCCUGCGAGAGUGGCUCCGCAGGGCCUGGAGCAGACGGCCUUCUCUCUGGGCCCGUCGCUGACCGGGCAGCUGCAGCUCUGAGCGGGGCCCAUGCCAGGGGCUAUUCCAUGAGCUCCUCCCUGUGCUCCAUGGCAAACCUUGGACCUACCAGCAGUUU